AUGCAUUCGUCACCUCUAAAACAACAGCAACAACAACACCAGGUAAGAGGGAGGAAGAAAGAUUCCAUCGAACAAUUCAUCAGUAGUCCUCAAUUAUUUCUUGAAAAUGGUUUAUCACAAUUACGUUAUAUGAUAUUGAUAGAAGGUAUUACCACUCCUUCAGGAUAUGAUCAAUGUCCUUAUAGAUCCUAUGUAUGGUCAAUAUUAUUACGAGUACCCAAUUUCGAAAGUCAACAAUACGUUUCCCUACUACAAUCUAUCCCUCAUAAUUUAAAAUCAGAAAUAUAUCGUAAAAUAAAAAAUGAUACAUUUCGAACUUUAAAGAAUGAUAAUAAUUUUAAAUCAAAAGUUACCGAAGAUACCUUAAUAAGGAUCUUAUCAUGUAUUGCUAUAACUAUAGAUGAUGAAGUGGGGUAUGUACAAGGUUUGAAUGUGUUAUUGGCCCCCAUUGCCUAUGUAUGUCAUAAAAGUGAACCAUUAGCAUUUGCAAUCUUACAUAACUUGGUGAUUAACCAUAUUCCCCUUUAUAUAACACCCAAUUUAGAUGGUGUUCAUACUGCUUUACACUUGAUGGAGAUUGUCUUGAAAAUCAUUGAUCCAGUAUUAAAUGAAUAUCUUGAUUCAAAAUUCUUAAAACCUGAAAUUUAUGCAUUCCCAUCCAUAUUAACCUUAAGUGCAUGUACACCACCAUUAAAAUCAGUAUUAAAAUUAUGGGAUUUCUUAUUUGCUUAUGGAACUCAUAUGAAUAUCUUAUUCGUGGUGGCUCAAUUAAUCAUCAAUCGAUCAAAUUUAUUAAAUUCAGAACAACCGAUGAAAAUUUUAAGAAAUUUCCCUCCAUUAAAUGAAAAUGAAAUUAUAAAAUUAAGUCUUAGUUUUAUCCCAGAAUUACCAAAAGGUUUAUAUGAUUUAAUUGCUCGCCAUGGUUAUGAUAAGAAUGUUCCAAAUCAAUUGAAAGCAUUCGUGUUUGAACAUAACUUAUAA